AGUAGGAAAGCGAAAACGAUGACUACAAAGAUGAACGAUGCUUCCCACGCCAAAAUUGCUUCUGACGAAAUGAAAAAGAAUUUCUCAGACUGGUACGAAUCUUCAGAUAUGGAUUCCGAUACAAGCUUUGGACCUGAAAAAGAUGCAAGCAGGGAGGAAGAAAGGGAAGCAGCACGCGCUAAAUGGAAUUAUGAUCAAAUAUUACGAUUUGAACAUUUAUUUCCGAAUUUACAUCAAGCAGAAAACAAAGAAACUGACGUUUUAAAAGAAAAAUUUCAACUUAAGUCGCCUGAAAUACCUGUGGGGACCGUUAUUGAGGUAACAAAGGUCAUCAGACAACGCCCAGGAUCUCGAUGUGCCACUGUAACAGAACCUGUUUCCAGUAGUUUUCCGAGUUCAUCCACUAAAGGCCCAUGCUCCAAUUCACCAAGACACACAGGUUCACGUUCUCGGAAACGAUUUCGUUCACGUUCACGAACUUUUUUACGUGGUUCUUCGAGCUCUUGUUCACGAUCCAUCUCUCGCUCACGUACACGAUCCUGCUCCCGUUCACAUUCUCGCUCUUGUUCCGGCUCACGUUCAAGAUCUAAUGAACGCUCUGUUUCAACCGCAAGUUUGACGAUUGAAAUGUGUCCAAAAUAUGACAGCGACAUAGAACUUUAAGUUGCGAGAGCCGAAUCACGAUUUGACCAACCUGUGACUGGCGACCAAAGAAAUGGGGAACUAUUGGACCGAGAUGAGGUCGAAGAAAUUGGACGGCCAAACUGGUGGCUUCC